UUGAUCAAGAAAUAUGGACCUUGACAAAAAAUAAUUGACUAGUCCCAACAUAUGGACAGAGGGACCCAAAUGCCUUCAAUGUUUAUUUACUCUGGGCUCUGUUGGGGAGUCCAGCCCCCACUCCCGCCCCCUUCCUGCCUCUGUUUGUAUGGAAUUGUAAUCCAAAUGGGCUGAUCCUGACACUGGCUCCUGCUGCCACUAUCUCUGUCAUCCAGUGUCAUGUUGUCUGUAUGGGGCUUGGCUGGGGCUGCUCACAGGGGGACUGGACCUCACUGAAACCUGGGGCAGGAUAACACUGAUACCUCUGGGGGGCUUCUGCAGCUGUGCAGUGGGGCAGAGGGUCUCUCCCUGCUGUAUAUGCCUGGCUUUUCCCUUGCACUCUGGGCAUCACAAAGCAUCCUCCUCGAUGAACUGCUGGGGAAGCCCUUUACAUCCCCCUUUGAGCUCAUAGGAGCCUGGACCCCUGUCUGGAUCUUGCAUCAGGGGCUGCUCCUGCAUGGGCAGGCAGGGGUGCCUUGGAGCUGCCUGACUGCCUUGCUGCAGUAAGAGAUGAAUGGACCAGAGGAGCGCCAGGUUAUGAGCCUCAAUGAAUACGAGAAAACGCCACGGCUCUAAGAACACAGAUCAGGGCGUUUAUCUGGGACCUUCGCAGAUACAGGAGCUGCCCCCGCCUGCUGCCACCACUGUUGCCUCCUCACUGUCAUUCCUGGACACUAUGUCGUGUCGUGAUCGCACCCAGGAGUUCCUCUCUGCCUGCAAGUCCUUGCAGAGCAGACAGAAUGGGCUGCAGCUGAACAAACCCACUCUGAAUGCCAUGCGCCAGAGGAGCGAAUUCACCGUCAUAGCCAAGCGCAUCGGGAAAGAUCUCAGCAACACCUUUGCCAAGCUGGAGAAGCUGACCAUCUUGGCCAAGCGGAAGUCCCUGUUUGACGACAAGGCGGUGGAGAUAGAGGAGCUGACGUACAUCAUCAAACAGGAUAUCAACAGCCUGAACAAGCAGAUUGCCCAGCUGCAGGAUUUCGUGCGGGCCAAGGGCAGCCAGAGCGGGCGGCACGUGCAGACCCACUCUAACACCAUUGUGGUGUCGCUGCAGUCCAAACUGGCCUCAAUGUCCAAUGACUUCAAGUCAGUGCUGGAGGUGAGAACGGAGAACCUGAAGCAGCAGCGGAGCCGGCGCGAGCACUUCUCCCGCACCCCAGUGCCCCUUGCUGCCAGCAACCUGGGCGGCUCCGCGAUGCUGCAGGAUGAACCCCGACGGGCGGGGGAUGUGGCCAUUGACAUGGACAGCCGGACGAGCCAGCAGCUGCAGUUGAUUGAUGAACAGGAUUCGUAUAUCCAGAGCCGGGCGGACACCAUGCAGAACAUUGAAUCCACCAUUGUGGAGCUGGGCUCCAUCUUCCAGCAACUGGCGCACAUGGUGAAGGAGCAAGAAGAGACCAUCCAGAGGAUUGAUGCCAAUGUGGAGGAUGCCCAGCUGAAUGUGGAGGCCGCGCAUUCCGAGAUCCUCAAAUACUUCCAGUCAGUUACCUCCAACCGCUGGCUCAUGGUCAAGAUCUUCCUCAUCCUCAUAGUCUUCUUCAUCAUCUUUGUGGUGUUCCUGGCCUGAGCUAUCCCCUUGCACCUGCCCUCCCCCAGCACUUGGAAACCCUGCCCUGUCUCUGACGGAGCCACUUGUGGACAUGUGUGCGCUGGACUCUUAGUUCUUACCCAGGUGGGGCAGCCUGGUGCCAGAGGGGCUCUCCCUCCUCACACGGUGACCUGUGGACUCUGCUACAGCUCCGGGAACCCCCAGGCUGGACAUCCCAGGACUGAGUGAGGGCAGGCAGGUGCCUUGGUUUCCAUGUAUGAUAGCGCCAGGACUCUGCAGCAAAGGGUGCUGCUUGUGGGGUGCUGACACCAGUGUUGGAGGAACCUCUAGUGUUGGGACUUUCACCAGAGCCCACCUCCCACCUUGUGUGGGGCUACUCCUCCCCCUAUCCUGCAUAGGGGCUCACCAGCUGUCUGCAGCUAGGACUAACUUCCCCCACCCCAGCACUCAUCAUCUAGCAGCUCUCUGGUGUGCAUGGGGAAGGGGUUGCCCCCUGGACGUGCCUUCGCCAGCCCCAUGGGGCAUUUGGCUGAGUGACAGGUGACUUCCCCCAUCCCUAUUUUUAUUUUGUGUAUUUAAGUCUCGUCCUUCUCCCAUAGUUAUGGGGCUGUCCCAAGCACAGAGUCCCCACUCUGCACCCCUCCCAGGCCACUUGGGUGCCACUGCAGCUGGGGCUGGCCCUGACAGUUGGAUAGGUCUGGCUGUGUGGCUGUCAGUGCAGUGGGAGAGGUGGGUGUCUUCCCCCCCCCCCACUGUUGCUCUGUUGCCUAAGUAGCACCACGCACUCUCCUUCCCCAGAGAAGCUCCUGCUGCCAUAGGUGCUCUGAGCCCUGCGCUGAUGGCCCACUCUGGGAGGGGGGGGUGGCCAGCACUGGGCUCCUUGCACCUGAGCUGUGAUUAUGGCAGGGGCGGCAGAGCUCAGGCCCCCCGUUGUGCUCCCUGCAGUGAGCUGUGUGUGGCUCCUUCCCUUAACAUCGUAGGAGGUGCUAGGCCAUGGUGCCCCCCUCACCAUUUCUCUAUGGUCUUGCUAAACCCUAACCGCUUAUGGGGUGGUGCCCCUUCCCCCAGCAGAGUGGGGAGGGGCAGGGACCUUAUUCCUCCCCCUGCUGGCACUCUUCCACAAUGUCCUGUUCAAUGGUUAAUGUAAAUAACCCUGCCCUGGCCUAGUCCAGGGCCCUAAGGGUCUGAUCAUGGUGGCUGUGAUGACCCCUGGUCAUGACCCUGCUGUGACCUCAGCCACCCUUCACCCCCAGGAUUCUUCCCCACAAUCACCUGUCUUAACAUUCCAAUGUGGGUGCUGCCCCCUCUAGCUAAUGAGAGCCUCUUUGCAGUCAGGUGAUGGGGGGAGACAGACUUGUGGAGAAGAGGAGGGGUGUAACCUGCCCCUUCCUGGCUGGGAGGAGUGGACGCAGAGUCAGUCUGGAAAGAAAUUAAAGCUUGACUGUAACCCCA